AUGAAAGUGAGGAAGAGCCACGAGUCAGAGGAGCAAGCAGAGAGCGGCGAGUCGUGGACUGAGUCAAGCUUGGUUGCUCAGGAGUUUGAAGACCCCAGAGAUGCUGAAGAUACUGUUUAUGAACUGGAUGGAAAGGAGCUAUGCAAUGAGAGGAAUCCCCCUCCAGUUCGCACUGAAAACAAGCUCAUUGUGGAGAACUUGUCUUCCAGAGUCAGCUGGCAGGAUCUGAAAGAUUUCAUGAGACAAGCUGGAGAGGUUACUUUUGCUGAUGCUCACAGACCAAAACAUUGCUCUAAAAAUAAGGUGGUUGAGUUUGCUUCUUCCAGUGAUGUCAGAAACGCCCUUGAUAAGCUGUCUGGUAAGGAGAUCAAUGGAAGGAAAAUCAAACUGACAGAGGCGAUUAGAAGGAGGUAAGGCUGCAAUCGAAC